AUGGCGGAACGCCUUGGGCAGCGAGUGUGCUUGAUCGGAAUGUCCUGGAUUUUUAACUACUUGGCAGAUUACUUGUGGGUUCCAUCUGUGGCAUAUGCGAAUGAUCAUGGUCUUGGAGUGGAGUUCUUGGCCCAGGUCUAUGCCUUGAACCUGGGCGCCCGAUUUCUGCCCAAUCUGCUCAUCACCCAAUGGGGAUCGCAGAUUGAGUACUGGAUGAUGGCCUUCGUGAGCUUCGGCUAUGCCAUCUCCUUCCUGCAUCCCACCCAAGUUUGGGCCUUUGAUCUCAUGGCGCUUUCUUCGGGCAUGGGCUUUGUCCGAGCAUGCCUGACGGUUCAUGUGCAAGCCUGCUUUCAAGAUAAUCCUGAAAUGUUCACCACCAUCUCCAAGCAUUGUGGCGCUGCGCGAAACUGUGGCAGUAUUGCGGCGAUGAUUGUGCCGGCGUUGCUCUACCAGCACUUUGGGUGGAAGGCCGUCUGUUGCGGAGCCGCCGCCGCGGCACUGCUCUACAUCUUGCUCUCCUGCCUGGUAAGGCGUUUGGAGUCCCCAGCAUCGCGGGAGGCCGUGUCGGAGUUCGAACCUCAUGUGGAGGGAACUUGCACGGACAUCUCGUGGAUUGAUUGGAUGGUUGGAUCAGCCUUCAUCGUCACAGAGUUGCAGUACAACAUCGGCAAUGCGGCCAUCCCACAGACAUUGACCUCGACCUUCAUCAUGUCCGUAGGCGCGGUCGGCCCGACCUUGGGAAGCUUCAAUGCGACGUCGAUGAUCUUCUUGGCCUUGCUACCGACGAUCCCAUGGGUUUUACUGCAUCGGAGUCCUUUGAACAUUUUGAUGUCGUUCUUCUUGGUCUUAGUCUCAGGGCUCUUGGCCGCCUUCUCAGCGCUCGCGCCGGAUCACGGACUGCCCCUCUUCAUCACCAGUAUCCUCUCCUUCACGCUGGCCAUCAACAUGGCACAGGUCCUCAUGCUGGAAUACUUGUCCGGCGUACUGGACACCAAAGGAGUGGAGAAGCUCAUGGGCGUUUCCGAGACUUUUGGUUGCGGCUUCGCGAUGCUGGGUGGCUACGUGGGUGAAGAACUGAAGGUUUUUGGAUCCUCAGCUCCCUUUCUGAUGCAAUGCUUCGUGGCCCUGGUGACCGUCACCACCCUGGGCGCCUCUUUCGCCCACCGCCACGUCACCAGAGAGGACUUGGAUGCAGAGGCGGGUGCGGCGGGCGCAGUGCGGCCGGGUUUUGCCCAGCUGAUGGAGGGCAUCCAGCGCCUGUGCACGUCCGACGAGAAAGAGAGCCUGGCACUGCUGGAACGAAGAUACCGACAGCGACGGGCGAUACGCGGCGGUCCGGUCGGAUGUGGAGACACCGAUGGUCGGUGA